AUGGACGAUAAGAAGAGCUGGAGUCCAGAGUCAUCCUCUGGCCCAUCGGCCUACGAGGGCGACAUGGGCACGUACAAGCGAUCCUUCACGAACCGGCUCCGCGAGAGCUUCAAGCGCGACCCCAACGCCAGUGUGACGAGGUCCGCAUCCUUCAGCGCAGCCGACCACAAAUCCGGAUACGAUGCUGAGGCCGCCGUCCAGGCCACGGCGCUGUCGCCGCUGUUGAGGAGGCUCAAGGGGAGACAUUUACAGAUGAUUGCUAUUGGUGGUAGUAUUGGUACUGGGCUUUUUGUCGGGAGUGGGAAGGCUUUGGCCCAUGGUGGCCCGGCGUCGUUAUUGCUCGCAUUCGCAUUAACGGGAGCCAUGAUGUACUGCACAGUCCAAGCACUGGGAGAGCUCGCCGUCCUAUUCCCUGUUGCGGGCUCCUUCGCCGCUUACUCGACACGAUUCCUCGACCCGGCGUGGGGUUUUGCAAUGGGAUGGAAUUACGCCAUGCAAUGGUUGGUGGUGUUACCGUUGGAAAUUGUGUCGGCUUCAAUAACGGUGGAUUAUUGGGUCCAAGACAUGAGAUUGAAUGCCGCAUGGGUCUCGAUUUUCCUCAUCUUGAUCGUCAUCAUCAAUUUCUUCGGUGUCAAAGGUUAUGGCGAGGCUGAAUUUGUAUUCUCGGUGGUCAAAGUCACUGCCGUUAUUGGUUAUAUCCUCCUUGCAAUCCUCAUCAAUAUCAUGGGCGGCCGCGAUGCCAAUGGGCGACCCGACGGGAGCUAUCUAGGCUUUAAGCUGUGGCAUAAUCCCGGCGCCUUCAACAACGGGUUCAAGGGACUGUGUAGUACCUUUGUAACUGCAGCGUUUGCCUUUGCAGGCACUGAACUUGUGGGCCUUGCAGCGGCCGAAACCGAAAACCCCAGGAAAGCAUUGCCCUCGGCGAUUAAGCAGGUUUUCUGGCGUAUCACGCUUUUCUACAUCGUCAGCUUGCUCCUCGUGGGUACCAUCGUCGCCUAUGACGACCCUCGACUCUUGGACGGUCGAAACAGUGCGGAUGCAAAAGCCUCCCCAUUCGUCAUCUCGAUCCAAAACGCCGGCAUCGAAGUCCUCCCCUCGGUCAUGAACGUAGUGAUCAUGAUCUCAGUGCUCAGCGUGGGCAAUUCCGCCAUCUACGGUUCGUCACGUACCUUGGCCGCACUGGCCGAGCAGCGCCAAGCGCCAGCCUUCCUAGCAUACAUCGACCGUAAAGGAAGACCACUGUACGCGAUCAUCCUGGCGUCGGUCCUCGGACUCCUCGGAUUCCUUGCCGCGUCCCACAAACAGCAAGACGCCUUCAAUUGGAUGCUGGCGCUCUCCGGCCUCUCCUCGAUCUUCACAUGGUCGAGCAUUUGUCUCGCGCACAUCCGGUUCCGGCAUGCCUGGUCUCUGCAGGGCCAUGGACUCGACGAGCUGGCGUUCCGCUCCCCCGUCGGCGUCAUCGGGUCGUGGGUCGGUCUGACGUUUAACGUUCUCGUGCUGGUCGCGCAGUUCUGGACCGGGUUCUCUCCCGUCGGCUGGAAGGACAUGUCGCCCACCGAGCUCGUCGUCAAUUUCUUCCAGGCGUACCUCGCCGCUCCCGUCGUCUUGCUCAUGUAUCUCGGCUACAAGAUCUGGAAUAGAACCGAGGUGCUCAAGGGCAGGGACAUGGAUCUCUUCACGGGCAAGCGCGAGUUCAACGUCCGCUCCCUCGUCAACGAGGAGAAGGCCGAUCGCCAGAAUUGGCCGGCUUGGAAGAAAUGGUAUAAAUUCUUUUGCUGA